AUGAUUCUUGAUCUCAAUGGAUCUAAAGUAUUUUCCAAACUCGACCUGAAUGCUGGGUAUCAUCAGCUGGAAUUACACCCAGAUUCUCGGAACAUCACAACGUUCUCAACCCAUGUUGGAUUACGUCGAUACAAACGACUAAGCUUUGGAAUUUCUUCAGCAGCAGAAGUAUUCCAGAACUCGCUCAGUACAGCGCUUGAAGGUUUACAAGGUGUUCGAAACAUAAGUGAUGACAUCAUAGUGUUUGGACAAACUUGCGAGGAACAUGACAGAAAUCUCGAGGCAGUCUUUAAACGACUAGAAGAAAAACACCUCACAUUAAACAAAGAAAAAUGUGAAUUCAACAAAACGCAAAUUGAAUUCUAUGGAUAUGUAUUCAGUUCAGAGGGAAUUUCCGCAGACCCGAGAAAAGUGGAUGCGAUAAAGAACUCUGAAAUACCGUCAAAUGCAAGUGAAGUCCGAAGUUUCCUAGGCAUGACAAACUAUGUAGGAAGAUUUAUUCCGAACUAUUCAACAAUUACUGCGCCAUUACGAGAGCUAACCAAGCAAAAUGUGAAGUUUGAGUGGCAACCUAACCAACAAAAAGCAUUCGACAUGUUGAAACGUGAACUUACAAGUGACAAAGUUAUGGCAUACUUUGAUCCGUCAAAAGAAACAACAAUGAUUGUUGAUGCAAGUCCCGUAGGACUUGGUGCGUUAUUAACACAAGAAGGCAAAGUCAUAUCGUACGGAAGUCGUGCGUUAAAUGAUGUGGAAACUCGAUACUCACAAACUGAGCGCGAGGCACUGGCAGUUGUUUGGGGAUGUGAACAUUUUCAUCUGUAUUUGUUUGGACAAGAUUUCAAAGUCAUUAGCGACCACAAGCCAUUGGAAGCGAUUUUUAAUAAUCCGCACUCAAAGCCUCCUGCGAGAUUAGAGAGAUGGCGAUUAAAACUGCAACCAUAUCAUUUUAGGCUACAGUACCGUCCAGGGAAAACAAAUGCGGCAGAUUACAUGUCCAGGCAUCCGUCUAAGUCAACAAGGAUCAACAGUCUGUCAGACAUUGCCGAGGAAUACGUUAAUUACGUAACAGAGAAUGCCGUUCCAAAAACUUUGACCUUAGCCGAAUUCAGUGAUGAAACCCAAAAAGACCCUUACCUUCAACAAGUAAUUGAAGCAAUCAUUUCCGAGAAAAAGAUUCCAGAAUCUAAAGACCUCGAUAAAACGAUUGAAACUUUUAGACGAAGGCAAAAUGAACUAACUUUGCACCGAGACAGAAACCACAGCGUUCUUCUCAUCGAAAACAGAUUGGUCAUUCCUAGAUCAUUACAACAAACAGUGAUCAAAUUAGCGCAUGAAGGUCAUCAGGGGAUAGUCCGUACUAAACAGCUACCCAGAGAAAAGGUUUGGUUUGUCAACAUAGAUAAGCAAGUUGAAGAAUUUUGUAAAGGAUGCGUUCCCUGUCAAGCAUCAGUACCAGGACAAAAGUACACACCAUUGAAGAUGUCACCCCUACCCAACCGACCGUGGUCUGAGGUCAGCAUGGAUUUCUGUGGACCAUUUCCGUCCGGAUCCUACCUAAUGGUCGUUGUCGAUGACUACUCCAGAUACCCUGUUGUCGAAAGUCUAUCAAAAUUAACAGCAAAGGCAGUGAUACCGAAACUUGACAACGUUUUCGCCUUAUUUGGAAUUCCAGAUGUAGUCAAAACCGACAAUGGACCUCCGUUCAACGGAUCGCUCUUCAAGGAGUUCGCAAAACAUCUAGGAUUUCAACAUAGGAAUAUUACACCGUUAUGGCCACAAGCAAAUGGAGAAGCGGAACGAUUCAUGAAGACCAUUGGAAAAGCGAUUCGAGCUGCACAUGCAGAACACAGAAGCUGGAAACAAGAGUUAUACAGUUUUUUGCGCAAUUAUAGGGCGACGCCACAUGCAACAACAAGCGCAACACCCGCGGAAUUGCUACUAGGCAGAAAAUUAAAAACCAGAAUUCCCGAGAUUAUUCCAUCGUCCAAAAACACGGAAAUAUCACGUAAAGAUCAAAAAGAAAAAUAA